AUGCAACCUGAACUGAACGCCCUCAAGGGCGACGACAAAGCAGUGGCCAUGUCGAAAGACGUAGAGAUCCAGCUGGACAAUAUGGAUGGCAACUCUCUCAAGAAAGAAGAAAGCGCCAUGGUGGGCGAAGUCGAAGACCUGGACGAAGCGAACCUAUUUCUGCGGCAACAUAAUAUCACCCCCCAGUACAUUGCCGAGCUCCUCGAAGACCAGAAUGCGAACAAGAAAGUCUCCAGAAAAGUCGAUUUGCUAUUGCUACCACUGCUAUGCGGAACGUAUUUUCUCCAAUACAUCGACAAGCAAGCGAUCAGCUACUCUGCCGUGUUCGAUCUUUUCGAAACCACUGGUAUCACCGGCGAUCAGUAUUCCUGGCUGGCAUCAAUCUUCUACUUCGCCUACUUGUUCGCAGAAUGGCCAUCAGCAUACCUUGCGCAGCGCUUCCCGACUGGUCGAGUCGUGUCAAUAUACUGCUUCUGUUGGGGUUCAGUAAUGUUACUUACAGCCGCUACGCACAACUUUGCGGGCUUUGCUGCCAUGCGAUUCCUCCUUGGUGUCUUCGAGAGUGUCGUCACUCCGGCUUUCAUGAUGAUGGUUGGGAUGUGGUACGUCGGGAAGCAGCAGCCUGCAAGAGCAGGUAUGUUCUACUGCUUUAAUGGCAUCGGUAGCGCCGUUGGUGGUAUACUCUUCUACGGCUGUGGAUACGCAAAGACCUUCGUCGUCUGGAAGAUCAUAUACAUCAUAUGUGGAGGUAUGACCGUUCUUUGGUCCAUACUGCUCUUCUUCAGACUGCCAAACAACAUCAUGACAGCCAAAAGCUUUACUACAGAAGAGAAAGCUCUUUUGAUCGCCCGUGCCGCCAGCAACCGUACUGGAGUUUACAACAGAAAGAUCAAGCUACCGCAGGUCUUGGAGGCCCUGAUUGACCCUCAGAUCUGGAUACUCUUCUUCUUCGUCUUAUGCAAUGAAAUGAUCAACGGCGGUAAUGCAAACUUCGGCAAACUCAUUGUCAAGGACGUAGCAGGAGGUGAUCCACUCAAAACGACGCUAUACGGGAUUCCACAGGGCUUCGCCCAGGUGUUCUGGGUUUUCACAGGUCCUCUCCUCGCUUCACGACUUCCCAACGCGCGCACCUUCAUCAUGGCUCUUUACCUUUGUCCCACAAUAAUAGGCACGUGUUUGAUAUGGCAGCUACCGCGCUCCAACACGGCUGGAUGCUUGGCGGGAUAUUACUUAACCGGUUCGUUCGUUGGCUCUCUAGUCAUUGCUCUGCAGUUACCUGCAUCAAACGUAGGUGGAUACACAAAGCGAACCACAAGCACAGCCUUCGUCUUUCUGGGAUACUGUGUUGGUAACAUUAUUGGCCCUCAGGCCUUCUUGGCUGAAGAAGCCCCCAAAUACGAGACAGGCGUGAAGAUGUUUCUGGGAUGCGCUGUCUCUCAGGUCGUGCUAGCACUUUGCUUACGAGCCUUACUCGCACGGAGGAACGCUCAACGCGGCCGCGAAGAAGCUGAGGGUUCGCAUAGCCAAGGCGAUGAUCUAAACGACGCGGAUGCCAUCGAGGACACUACAGACUUCCACAAUAGGAGGUUCCGAUAUGCCAUAUAA